CUUUGCAGUGUUGAUAUCGGUGCCUUUGAAAUACAAGAAAAUUUUUUAUUAUUUAAAGCGAAAAGUUAAAAAUUUUGUGUAAUUCUAUUUUGUGAAAAUGGCAAACUUAAUAAGCUUACUUAUCCUUUCAAUUGCUUUGUUCGCAACCUCGGCUCUUGCUCGGCCAGGAUAUGCUGUGGAUUAUUAUGAUCACCCCAAAUAUGCUUUUAAUUAUGGCGUUGCGGAUCACACAACUGGUGAUGUGAAAGCACAACAUGAGACUCGAGAUGGUGAUGUUGUUAAAGGUCAAUAUUCUCUUGUUGAGCCAGAUGGUUCAAUACGUACAGUCGACUACACAGCCGAUCCAAUUAAUGGUUUCAACGCAGUUGUCACCAAGUCAGGACCCACAGUACACGCACAAGCCGUAGUAGCUAAGCCCGUCAUAGCACACAAACCCAUUCUGGCACAUUAUGAACCAGUAGUUAAACAUGUAGCACCAGCGCCAGUUGUGGUGCAAGCAGCGGCGCCUUAUGGUAAGCAAAAUGCAUGA